AUGCAUGUACUAUCCCUUUUGACACCUUUCCUUUCAUUGAUAUUUAUAGCUCUAACGUUUUGCUCACCACGACUAUCAGUACAAUCGGUGAAAACAUUUGGUGGUACCAAUGAGUUAAUUCAACAACAACAGCAACAACAAGAACAAGGGCAACACCCACGCCAAACUGUGAGUCAACCCGAACUACAGCAGCAGCUACAACGCCAACAGCAGCAGCAGCAACAACAACAACAACAGCAACAAUAUCUAUAUCAUCAAGAUCAAAAUCAAAUUCUUAAUCAGAAUUAUAACCAGCGGAUUUCAUCCAUACUACCGUUGAGAUUUAGAUCUAUUAAUGACUGCGAACUACAAGAUUUGCUACUAAUUAGCGACGUCAACGGGAACUUACACGGCUUGGAACGCAAAAGUGGUUCCAUUAUUUGGACUUUGCCAAUCGACGAACCUUUGGUAAAAGUUCACGCAAACAACUCAAACCAAAAUAACCUCACUUCUAGUGCCAAACUGCAAUCAAACAUACUAUGGUUUGUUGAGCCUUAUGACGACGGAACUCUAUUCUAUUUCACGCCAAAUUUCGGUCUCAAUAAAUUGCCAACUAGCAUAAAAUCACUAGUGAUGGAGUCACCUUUUUCGCUAAGUGGAGACGACAAGAUCUAUACCGGAACUAGGAAAACGUCGCUUUACAAUUUAAACAUCCACACUGGCGAAAUCAAAUCUUCAUUUGGCAACCAAGAAGAAUGCCCCGUUGCCACUUCUGCACUUCCACCAAAAUCAACACAGGAUGACACUAUAAUGAUUGGUAAAACAACGUAUGAAUUGAGCAUCCAUUCGAAAGCCAAUAGCAACAUUGUGUGGAAUGUCACCUAUUCUCAAUGGGUACCAAACAACAUUGAUAACGAUUUGAUUAUGCAAAACCAGGAAUCGCUUGACAAGUUGUAUUUUACACCAUUUCACGAUCGCUCGUUACUAGCCAUCAAUAAAGAUAUGGGCACGCCCAUUUGGAUUAGUAAAUUGCCUGCUUUGGCUGUUAAUAUUUUUGACGUUUUCCGCAAUGAGAAACGAGAUAACGAAUAUAUCUUGUUGCCACACCCGUUAAAAGUGUUGAAUGAUUUGCAAACGAAUGAUGGUAACAGUAACGAUUUGGUUUUCCUAAACAAGACUUCGGAUUGCAAUCAAUGGAUUGCCAUGAGUUUUAAAAAUUACCCCACAUUGAUUAAAAGUGCUCCGUUGUCCAAAUAUCAAGCAAUGUUGAACAGUUAUUCUGCUGAAGUCAAUGAAGCGUACACUUUUAUCGAAAAGUACCAAUUGUCGGAUGACACUCCUCAACAUAUCGAGGAGUUGAUUAGCGGCAUUCAUCGUGUUGUUGAGCUUUCAGGUGACACGUCUUAUCAGCCGGUUUCGAGAUUCACGUUGCGUGCAAGUAUCAAGAGAAUUGGUGAUGGAAGUUAUGCAACUCAAGAGCCGGCGCAGGAUAUAGGUCAGCAAAGCAUCCCCAAUAUCAUCGAUGGUAUCCGGUUCCCAGCCAAGAUUUCAACUGUUGGAUCGGACAUCAUCAUGAUUGAGCCAGUCAAGAAAAAAGUACAGGGGCCUCCAGCCGUGGAAUUGAAAAUCUCCUCACUUGGCCUGGGUGCCAUUAUCAAGCGAAUCCUCGAAGAUCUCGGAGUCUUGUUGAUUGUGCUUCUCAUUGUGCUUACUUUUGGUAGGUCAAAUAAACAUGUGAAAAGACUACUUGGCGAAUUGAGGAUAAUUCGCGAUUUGGAAACAGAUGGCAAUUAUGCCGAGGUUAGUGCUCAAGAAGAUGAAAUUUUGGAAAAGGCCGAGCGAGCACAACAAGCAAACGAAGCUCCAAGGGCCUCUGACUUAAUGUUGGUUGAGAAACCUGUAGGGACAUUUCUUGAUGAAACUUAUUCUGAUGGCGCAAAGCCUUUAGAUGGAGAGUCUCCAGAACCAAAGAAGAAGAAGAAAAAAAUGGUGAGAAUUGUUGAGCCUGAGGCAGAUCAGGGAGAAGAACAAGAACAAGAACAAGAACAAGAACAAGAACAAGAACAAGAACAAGAACAAGAACAAGUACAAGAACAAGAACAAGUACAAAAACACGUACAAGAACAAGACGCCAGAACAAUCACGGCGGAGCUUGAGCAAGAAGGCAACGCCAACAACGAAGUAGAAGCAGAAGCUGGAGCAGAGACAGAAGCAGGAAUUGAAGAAGAGCCUGCAACGAAAAAGAAAAGAAAACGAGGCAGUCGCGGUGGGAAACGCGGAGGCAAGCAUUUAAACAAAAACAAGUCGAGGGACGAUAUGGAUGAAACUGCCGAGGAAAACGGCGAAGACCACGACACUGAGGAUGAAGUUAUUUCUACAAAGAGCCUCAUCCAAAGCGUGCCGUUGCCACCAACCAAGUCCAAGAAGAAGCUCCAGAUUGAAAACAAUCUCGUCAUCUCCGACAAAAUCUUGGGCUACGGGUCGCAUGGAACGGUUGUUUUCCAAGGCUCGUUCGAGAAUAGACCAGUUGCAGUCAAGCGCAUGUUGCUUGACUUUUACGACGUUGCCAAUCAUGAAGUUCGGCUCUUGCAAGAAUCAGACGACCACCCCAAUGUCAUUCGUUAUUUCUGUUCGCAAAGUUCCGAAUCGGAAAAAUUCUUGUACAUUGCAUUGGAGUUGUGUUUAUGUACUUUGGAAGAUAUCAUUGAAAAGCCGCAGAAAGUUGGCGACUUGUGCAUCCCCAGGAGGAAUGACAUCCUUUACCAGCUCGCUAGCGGGUUACAUUAUUUGCAUUCAUUGAAAAUUGUCCAUCGAGACAUCAAGCCUCAAAACAUCUUGGUGGCCAAUGUAAAAAAGAGUCAAGUUCAAAAGACGAAAAUCCAGGAAAACGUUAGGGACGAAAACAAUGUUCGAUUAUUGAUUUCCGACUUUGGGUUGUGCAAAAAAUUGGACAACGACCAGUCGUCGUUUAGAGCCACGACUCAGCAUGCAGCAUCGGGGACUUCGGGUUGGAGAGCUCCCGAGCUCUUGCUUCACUAUGAUGGAAUGGACAUUUCCCCCGACUCUGUUUCAUCGGUUCAUUCCGGUAGCGGCGCAGUCGCCGACGCCACGUCUUUGGGCCUGGGUCUGGGCAUGGGCAAGAGACUCACGAAAGCCAUUGACAUCUUUUCCCUCGGAUGCGUUUAUUUCUACAUUUUAACCAACGGGUACCAUCCCUUUGGAGACCGGUACAUGCGCGAGGGAAACAUCAUCAAGGGAGAGUAUGAUCUUUCGAUGUUGUUGCAGAAAUGCCCCCAUGAUAAGUACGAGUCAAUUGACUUGGUCUCGAAGCUUAUCGAUGCUGAUCCCGCCAAGCGUCCAAACACAGCCACGAUUAUGAAGCAUCCUUUAUUCUGGUCAAACCACAAACGAUUGGAGUUUAUUAUCAAAAUCAGCGACACAGUUGAUAGAGUCAACCGCAAAGAACCUAGUGAGCUUUUGACAAGUUUGGAAACUCACGCGGAGACAGUCCACAACUUGGAUUGGAGAUCAGCCUUGGAUGACGAAUUGAUUGAAAAUUUGGGAACUUAUAGAAUGUACCAAACGGAGAAAUUGGCCGACUUGAUCCGAGCAGUGCGGAACAAGUCUCGUCAUUACGACGAAUUGCCCAAGACUUUACAAGAGAAAAUGGGUCCUUUCCCCGAUGGCUUUUACAAGUAUUUCAACGAUCGGUUCCCUCAUUUAUUGAUGGAAUUGUACCAUUUUGUGGAAAAGAAUUUGAAAGAUGAGUAUGAGAUUAAACUAUUCUAUUUUUGA